AUGGCCGAUUUUCAGGCUUAUUCUCCUAGCCGUGUAUUCCGGAACAACUUCAUCGACGAUGAAUCACCGGCAGUUUACUUCCAGCUGGCAUCAGGUUUGAUAGGUGUUGGACAUAUUAGAGAUGAGAACAUGCAGCCAGAGGUAGAACUUCAACAGUUUCACUUUCAGAUGUUUUCACCAAAUGAACAAGAUGAACAAGGAACUCCCCGCUACUUUGUAACUCAGACCCCACAAGGAACCAAAUAUUGGACUCCUAUUGUUGACAAGGAGUUCCAUCCCGUUCUUGGAAAAUCAUACGACACAUUUGAGGAGCUUAUUGCAAUGUAUAAGGCAUACGGAUAUCAAGUUGGCUUCGAUGUAAAAAAGGCGCAAACAAAGGUUUGGAAUGGGUAUGCGACGCACAAAUACCUAAGGUGCUCGAAAGCUGCUAAACCGCAACAGAAAAGGACGUUCGACACUCUCUGUGAGUCUUCGGUGAUGACCAACAGGAAAAGUACAUUCACACACACUGAUUGCAAGGCGCAGAUUCUUGUCCUCAUCACGCAAAACCCUACUCGUUUUGUUGUACACAACUGGAUUGAUGUGCAUAAUCACCCCCUUAUUAACCCAUUCAACCGUGACCUUUCAAAAAUAUCAAGAAAACUCCCAUUUGCAACGCAACAAUUUAUUCACCAAAUGAGCAUCAAUCGUAUUGGUCCGAUCAAGGCCCGCAUGUGCCUUGUAAGUAUUAAAGGUGGUCAUCACAAUGUGCAUGGUACUCCCGACGACUUUAAAAACUUUAGCCAGAAGUUGAGGAUUUUUAUAGGUAACCGAGAUGCUCAACUUUUUCUGGAUCGCCUUCGUGAUCGAAGGGAAAGUCUUCCAAACUUCUACUAUGACUUUGUUGUAUCUGAUGGGAAAUUGAAUGCUGUGUUUUGGGCUGAUGAGAUCUCCAAGCUAAACUACAAGCCUUUUGGGGAUGUGUUAGCGUUCGAUGCUACUUACCAGACAAACAAAUCUGCAUUUUUUACAUCUUUGACACCUUUACAUGUGGGCCUUCUAAGAUGUGUUAAAGAUAUUGCGGGUGACCUGUUACAAAACACUGAUGUGAGGGCUUGCAUUCAUCGACUGGUUUGGAAUGUUUACAUAAAGCCAUCUACCUCUGAAUCGCGAUGGGCAGCGUUGCUGGAAAAAUUUGGACUACAAGACCACCAAUGGCUCAAUGAGAUGUACGAAAUCAGGGAACGUUGGGUACCUGCGUACUUCAGGGACAUCCCUAUGUACUGUUCGAUGAAGACGACUUCACGUUCCGAAAGUUCAAAUGCAGCUUUCAAAGUUAACUCUACCAGCGCAAAUACUCUGGUUCAAUGGCUGCUAUGUUAUGACGCGGCGAAUUGA